UGUGUGUCCAGGGGGGAGAGAGAGAGCGAGCGAGAGAGAGAGAGCGAGAGAGAUAGAGAGAGUAUGUGGAUCAGUGGGGGUGAGAAUGUUGUGAUCGCAAAGGUGGAAGAAGUGAAGGGAAUCACGCGGAGAAAAGUCUCAAGUGUCCGGACUCAACUGAGAGAAUUACUGAUCGAGUUCGUGCUCGUGCAGACUUGGUGAGAGUUCUCUUACCGGCACGCGCUGCAGCUCGAGGUGGGAACAAACAGCAAGGAGAGAGAGAGGGAGAGAGAGAGAGAGCGAGACACAGUGAGAGAGAGAGAGAGAGCGAGAGAGAGAGAGAGAGAGAAAAUGCCCGGGAUGGACUCCCGCUUUCCUCGCGCUGGCCCGGGAAUCACGCGCCAUUGAAGGGAGCUGAUACUGUGCAUGCGCUUUGGGUCGGCUGCGUGCACGGUCGGUCGAUGUGAGCACUGGCGUGGCUUCGGCCUCCAUUUGCCAGUGUGUGUUUAUGCUCGAAGGAUUUCACCGAGGCCUUUCCACGGCCACGACGGCGCGCAACAGUUGGAGUUUGCGGUAAACAUUGUCAUUUUCUGCGUCCCGUGCGCGGCGAGGCGUUGAGCCGGCAUCGAGAGGUGAGGCGUCACUGAAACCCCCAACUUUUUCCAACUUGGUGAGUGGAGGCGCAGGGGGCCUUCUGCUCCUCCUGUCUCACGGUGUGGGGAACAAGCAGCUCUUGCCAGACAACUUGAAUUCCUCGCGUGGCUUUUGUUUUGCGAAUCAUGAGCAGUCCGUUUUGGGUGUGACUGGGCAUGUAUUUUCUAAAUUGUCAAGCGCGUUUGAUGCUCGCAUUCGCCAUAUCAACACCUCCGGUCUUCGCAUCAGUGUUGGUGUGACAGUGUGAUCAGUAACCAAGGGCACAGUGCAGGAUAAAGAGGAUACAGGUUACCCUUCUCGCAGCUCGCGGCGUGCACAAACAGGUAGCAAAUGACGUAGGACCACAAGAGUGAACAGUGAGAUCUGCUGUAGACCCUAGACUCCACAGUUUACAUCAUGGAGGACCCCCAUGUGGUGCCUGCACAGGAGGAUGAGGAGGACGGCUGCACUGCCGCCCCCUCUCAUACCUCUCCUCUCACGGUCACCACGGGAACUAGUUUCUCAAGUGAGAAUGUGAUGGAGAACCAAGCCGUCUCCAUGGCAAGUAAUCACUAUAGUCCAACUCUGUCCUCACCUGCUGAAGCUAGCCCAGCCAAGCCCGCUGCAACCUCACCUGCUACCACUAAAGAGAACAUUGAACCUGGCCAAACUACCUCAGAUAUUGCCUCUGCUUCAGACUCCCUAACAUGCGCAGGGACAAGCCUUGUUAACACAUCUACAGCAUCUGUCUUGCCAUCGUCGUCCCUGUCUCCGUGUGUUGCAUUUAGCAAUCCAGAGCUUGAGAAAAGCUUUCCCGCACAGCUAACCUUCAGAGGUGUCAGUGUCACGCUGGAGAACAACAGCGUGUGGAAGCAGUUUCACAGCCGUGGAACAGAGAUGAUUCUCACCAAACAGGGGCGCCGCAUGUUCCCUUACUGCCGCUAUCGCCUGAGUGGCUUAGAACCCACACGGCAAUACAACCUGGUCCUGUCCAUCGUCCCCGCUGACCAGUACAGGUACCGCUGGAGCUCGACCAGAUGGGAGGUCAGCGGACCAGCAGAAAACCAGACACAGGGUCUAAUCCGGGCUUUUCCGCAUCACUACUCACCCUGCCUGGGCUCAGAGUGGAUGAGCAAUCUGGUGUCCUUCUACAAGCUCAAAUUGACCAAUAACAUCUAUGACCAGGAAGGUCAUUUAAUAUUAUAUUCCAUGCACCGAUACAUUCCUAGACUCCAUGUGAUACCUGUCCCUGAUGGGGGCGGGCCCACACCUGACCAGCCUGUAGUUAAGGGACCAGAAAGCAUGACCUUUACCUUUCCACAAACUGAAUUUUUUGCUGUGACCACUUAUCAAAACAUUUGGAUCACCCAGCUAAAAAUUAAUCACAAUCCGUUUGCGAAGGGCUUCAGGGAGGACGGCCAAAACCACCGCCUACAGAGGCUCAAGACGGAGCCUGAAGCUGCAGGGAGGGCAGAUGCUCAGCCUUUAGCCUUGAAACCUUUUGGGUCCAGUAGCAGCAGUGAGGAGGUUGUGGAUCUCAGCACAAAGAAUUGUAGCAGCCCCGCUUCUCCCUUGGAUGAGCAGGACGCUAAGACCAAAGCCAAGCAGAAGACAGCAGCUAUUAUGAACGCACUCCUAACCACUUCCCCUGCCAGUAAUCAGAGGACAAAUGUGGACAGCGCAGAGAGAGCUCACCCACAUGCUGAGAUCGCACGAGGCGAUCAGGCCAGGUGUGGGCAUGUGCUUCUCCACAACCCCCCACCUGUUUUUCUCACGGAGGAAAAACGCUGCGUCAAUGUGACGCCUAAGGUCAAGCCAUAUGUCAAAAUAGCCCCUAAAUUGUCACCCGCUACUCCUGCCUCCUUGAAGUCUACCCCAGCCUUAUCACCGGGACGCCCCAAGAAAAGAAGGAGGAUUAACAGGCGUUGGGGGAACUCCCGGGGAAAGGAGGGGAAAGCCGAGGCUGCAUCCACUGUGACGGUCCAUAGCCCGUCAUUGACCGUCGCCAUGCAGCCAGAGGUUGACGAUGUAGAGGGCCUUGUCUUUGUGUCAUUCACCUCAAAGGAAGCUCUUGGGAUACAUGUUGGAGACCAGCAUGCCAGUAUGUCAUCACCAGUUACUCCAGUUUCUCCAGUUUCUCCAACCCCUCAGUCACAGUUAGUGCAGACUGUAACGAAGGUUCCAGAGACCGAGGAAGAGAAGAUCGCCCGCUUGCAGGCUGUCCUUCUGCAGGACCUCGCGGUUCUCAAACACAGACAAGUCAUUCAUCCUGUGCUGCAAGAGGUGGGCUUGAAGUUGACCUCUUUAGACCCGAUUCAAGCCAUCGACCUGCAGUAUCUUGGGGUUUGUCUGCCUCUCCCUGCCCCAGUCCGAGCAGGGCAAGCUGAUGCCACAGUCCUUUCUUGUGUUGAUGAGGGGUUACCCUUUAUCUCCCGAACAGGCAAGACCAGUGACAUGACAAAAAUAAAGGGAUGGAGAGACAAAUUCAUUAGGAGCAAAGAGACAUCUCUUAAAUGUGACGGACCACAAAAAGACCUGUCUGCUUUCUGUAGCGACAUGCUGGAUGAGUACCUGGAAAGUGAAGCUCAGAUUAUCAGUGAGCGUGCUGCUGCUUUCUCCUCCGGCCCUGAGAGCUCAGUGGCCUAUCGUCUGCCCACAAAGAGCUCCAGCUAUGUAAAGACCCUGGACAGCGCACUCAAGCACCGAAAUUCUGCAUGCAAAGUCCCAGCAGCUGUCAACAGACCCUGCCCUCUUUCCCACAAACCCCUCCUAUAUUCUGCCCUGGUGUCACCAGCUCCUCCCCUGACCCACCCGGCCUCUGUCAGAGCAGGACCGAUGCAGUCUGCCUUUCCACCAGCCAAACCCCGGCCUGCAGUCCCCAACAAGAGCCCUGUAGCGACACUCAGUGUAAAAACUACCUCUGGAUCUAAACUUACACUCGGAGCCAGCCCUGUUUUACAUAGAUCAGAAAAGCACCAGAAGCCAGGUACGAGCUGUGGGCAGAGCCAGGGCAUGACACACCACAGACCUACAGGAUUUUCCAAGCACCAGCUCAAACUGUGGGAGAUGGAGAAGGGAGCUGCCAACCAGGGCACCCACAAGACACAGCUGACCCCAGAGAGGCUAGCAGUGGCUCUGUCUGUACUGCUAACACCACAGAUGCAGCCCAGCCAACGUCUCAUGGUGCCCGAGUAUAAGAAGCCCACAAGCCCUGAAUGUGGCCAGGCCUUCUGCAGACUGGGCUGCGUUUGCUCCAGUCUCCAAAGUCCGAACAGAGGUCCACUCCACUGCCGGCGACCUGACUGCAUGUUUGGCUGCGCCUGCUUCAAACGCAAAAUCACAAAGCAGAAGACCCAGGACGAGACUGAGGACCAGAUUCAGCCCCAUUAUUCCGUGACUAACAUGGAACAUGAGGUCCAGCCUUGCCCAGGCUCCCAUUCUGAUAGACUGUGGGACCGAAGCACUACUCUCCUGGAUCCAGAGCCCCUCUUCACUCCAAAACCUGCAGCUCGCCUUCCCAGUCCAGUCACCCCUUCAAAUAAAAGUAGUGUCCCUCACAUUAUACAACAGAUGCGAGAGGAGGAUAAGGAUCCUGUGUAUAAAUACUUGGAGAGCUUUAUGACGUGCGCCCGUGUGAGAGAGUUCAACAGCAAACCCUCACCUGAAGUCACCCUGCAGUCCCAGAAACUUGCUUCUCUUAUCCCAAGCACCAUGAUAAGACCACAGAAGACUAUAAACAACAUGCUGAAAAAGACUCGCAGCCCUGCAGUGACUGUGAAAAAUGCAGCAGGGAAGGCUGCUGUGAAUCUCCAAUCUAAAGAAACGGAAACCAAAAUGCAGAUUGAAAUCCAGUCAGCAUGUCGAUGGGACAAGGACCGCAAAUUAGUCCUGUCAGAUUUAUUUAAACGUCUGAGACAGAAUCACCUGUCCCCACGCUUCAAUAUCGGACCGUACGCCAUCCGCCUGGUCUCCAAAAUCUACAUGCGAAAGUCCAACGUCGCCACCAUCACCUACAGGGUCCACAUUAGUAAGCCAAAGAAGAUCAGUGAUGAUGAUGACGAUGAUGGUGAUGAUGUUGAAUCAGAUGACUGCAAUGAGGAAGAAGAGACUGAUCACAGCUCCGAUGAGAACCAAGAGUUGGUGGAGGAUGACAGUCCAGCUGAGGAGCCUGAGGUUCAGGUUGGAGUCACGCCCUUCCUGAGCGGAGUCUUACCUGCUGGCAGACUGAGAGCCAGAAAAAGGCCCAGUGGCCGCCAAGCCAUGGGACUCAUACAGGUGAAUGGCAAAUCCUACACUCAGGCCAGACUCUUGCUGGGGAGCAUGGGAUCGCUUCAUCCGGCCAACCGUCUUGCAGCUCAUGUCACGGGCCGGCUACAAGCUGCACCCAAGGCACCUCUUAAAAACUCCAAGAGCAAAAUCCACACUCCUGGUAAUCGUCGCUGUAAAACUGCCGGCACAAUGCUCCCUCCUGUGGGAACUGCACUGAAAGCCACAGCUCAGAAGAGAAUAAACAAACCAUCAGGUCAACAAGUAAAUCCAGACAUCUUGAAAAAAGAACCUGGCACCUCCCCACACCCUUCACAAAAACCAUCUGCUAUGAGCACCUUCAUGACGUUUGUCACCGGCCAGCGUGGGUCUCUCACCUCCUUACAGAGCAGCUCAUCCCUUUCACCUGUCUCUCUUACCGUCUCCCCCUCGCUUAAAACUCCCAGUUUCCUGGGACAUAGUGGGACUUAUUCUUUCAGGAUCUGCCCUCCGGCCACCCCGGGCUCCAGAGGCUCUGGCCAGCACCUCCCAGGAGUUACCCUGCCAGGGGGCUUCACCCUCAUCGAGCUCCCAAAGCCUAAUGUUGACGGAGCUGUUGUGCAGUUAGCAGAAAAUGUAAAUACUACAAACAUGACCGGUACGGCAAAACCACCUCCACAAAAAGACGUUUCUUUGACUUUGCGCCACCUGGCAGCCAGUUCAAAUGUGGGCAGGCUUAUUUUGGCUUCCAACCGCACCCAUAGUGGAACCACGGACCUAUCACGUGACAGAUCAGUUGAACGUGACUCCUCACCUGAGUUGAUGUGUGAUGAGAAGAUGCCAUCAGAUGAAAGUGAUACUGCUAAUAAGUGUAAACUGAUGACACGGGCAGAGUCAGACCUGGAUACCGGCUCAGAGGACGUGUUUUCAGACUUCUCAGACUGCGCUGGAGACAGAGAUGAGGAGCCAGUGGACAUCGAGACAGUGGACGAAAACAAACUCACUAUCAGUGAAAUAAUGCCAGCUGCCAGCAGGUCUUUACUUGAGUCACAGUGUUCCAGUGAGGAUUCUGGAUCAGCAAGGGAAAGCAGAGUUAAGCCUCAAAGUGACAGUGGAGUGAGUGGAUCACACACCUCAAAGAGACGUACAAACCACAGGGUGCUAGAGAGGCUCAGGCGCUCCGAGCAGCGGUACCUCUUCAACAGACUGCAGCAUGUUCUCCGCAGUGACCCCAGAGCCCCCAAGCUACGCCUCCUUUCACUGGCUUUAAAUGAAAUCCGUACUCUGGUUGAGACCUCGAAAUGUCUGGAGGAGGAGAAGAGGAGGCUGGCUCAGAUGCAGUCUGUCUAUAUAAAGGAGCUUUCCCUUUUGUCUGGUAAACCAGCACAGCUGAUCAAGAUCAAGCUGAAAGAGAUCUACAAGAGGAAGAAAUUAAGAGAGAGUGGAAAUGGAAUGGUGCCUUUCUCUCCCUGUCAAAGACAGCAGCCCAAAGCCCCUGAGCCACAAACUACCGCACACAACACUGAGUCCCAGCCUACACCCCUGCCUCAGCCUGAGGUACCUGUGCCUCAUUCCCCAACCCCAGCCCAAGUCACUGCACAAGAGCCCAGGCUUAAGCUGCAGUCUCAACCUCAAAAUGUUUUAACUCCAGCCACUGCCAAAGUUAUUGCACUCCCAUCACAGGAAGAGGAUCAGCUUCAAGCACCUGCCGCCUCCGUCCAAGUCACUGAAGAUCAGUCCACGGCUGAGGACAGGCAUGAAGCGCUUGAAACCCCGCCCCAGGUCACUGCAUCCCAUUCCCAGAUGGAGGACCAAGCCUCCUCAGCACCAGCAACACUUCAGGUCACUGAAACCCAGGAUGGACUUCAGACACCCUUAUCUCCAACACAGGUCUUAUCACCCCAGUCAGACGCCCAUCCUCAGAGCUCUGUUUGCCCGCUCACUCUUCCUCUGAUUCGCUCUAAGACUGGCAGAAUCAUUCUUCCAUCAUGUUUGAAACCACUUGGGCAAGGAUUCUAUACAAUCACGCUCAUGGGAGCAAACCAGAAGGGCAAGAACAGUGACGUUAGCUCCUCACCACAAAUGCUGUCUUCUGACCUGGACUCCUCCAAAGAACAGGAGAGGAUUUCCUUUGAAUCAGAACAGCCGUCAGACAUCUCACAGAAAGCAAAAAAUCCAGGAAAUAGUCACACUGUGGAGAAGGUAAAGAAGUCUUCUCCCCUGGGCCACAAGACUGCAAAGCGUCGGGGUCUCAAGCGCCCCUCGGUUGAGCUUUCCCGCUUGAACAAAUCCAUCAUCUUGCCAACGGUGGCACUGCAGCCUUUGGAGACAAACCUGCAGGGAGACAGGAUGCUGGGUUUGAACAGAAACAUGACAACAGCCUGCUUGAGCUUUAACCCUUUGAGUCCAUCUACUGCACCUGAGCCUGCGCCUGAGACUGAGCCUGAGCCUAGCAGCUCUGUAGUCAGACGUCGCAGAGGUAGGCCUCGAAAGCAUCCAGUUACCCCUGACCAGCCGGGAAAAAACCCAGUAGAAGAGACCAAUGAUCCGGUAGAAGAAAGCAGUAGUCUGGUAGAAGAGACCAAGACGCAAGCUGAGGACAACCCAGUAAAUGUCCCUCAAGUACAAGACACCCCAGUGCCAGUCAAACGAGGCCGAGGGAGGCCUGUAAGGAAGAAGCGGGGAAAUUUGUCGAGCACUACAGCUGGCACCGCUUGUGGAAAGAAUAAUACUGUUCUUGUUAGCAGCAGUCCUGUGAUGCAAGUAGGCAGCAGUUCAGCCACAGCCAGUCAGCCAUUGCAGAGCCCUGUCAGACUUACCCGUAGUAUAAAAGCCCUAAUACUAAAUCCAAGAGCAGCCCUGCCACAGACAUCCACCUCGAAGAUAUCAGCUCAUCACGGCCUGUGACUCGAGGUGCUUUAGGAAAGGACUUCCCCAGUGCCAAGAAACGGUCCUGGAUAGAUAUAGAAAAGGAACUGGAACUGGAAUAGAGCUAAUUUCUUACUUCAGCAAUACAAGCUAAUGCACGUGAUCCUUGGAUCUCAGUAGUCUCACACUGAAACCUCAGGCCUCUCUUAGACAGCAGCAUCUAUCCUAGCAUUAGCCUCAUAAUCCCACUGACUCACUCAGCGGAGUUUCUCUCCAGAUCCAUGUUUGUUAUUAAAACCACAAGACACAUAAGUUAUUGAGAGAGCCACCACAUGUGCCUGUGUGUAAAUCCAAAGGACCUGAAACAGUCAUGCCAGUGGACAUAUGUAGCUCCAGGUCAAAGAGGACCCUUUUGUCCAACGGGAGAGAAAUGAGUUGUUGUUUUUUUGUUUUUUUCCCAAGCAUAAAGACUUUGAGAGAAAUAGUUAAUUGAAUUAUGAAUGUACAAAAGGAGACCUCAGCCCCAUAUUGGGAUGAAAAUCACUGUUUUGAUAGUAAUAAAUGUUCCCAACUAUCUUCUACAAAUAUGGGCUGCAUUUAGUUUUUCUUAUGUAACAAAUGUAGAUAUUUUGGUGGAUAUUUUGGAACUUAUUUUGGUGAUUUUUUUUUUCAGGCCAUUUAUCUUGAUUGAUCUGUCUCCAGCAAAAUAAAUGUGGGGAAAAACAGAUCACUUAUUUCCAGUAUAUUAAAAUAUGCUUUGUACUUGAGGUGAAAGAUCUAUUCCCUGAAGGACUUUGCUUGAGAAACACUGUAAAACACUGUAAAAUGUAAAUGAUAACCAGCUUUUAUUCUGCUGUUGUUUAAUGCAUCUCUUUGUAAUUCUUGUUUUUGCUGUUACUAAACCAGUGACUAUCAUUUGUAGUAGCACUUUAUAUCUUUGUUGGAUACUACCCAUAAUGUCUUGUUGAAUUUGCAGUGAGUCUUAACACAGAACCUUCCCAUUGGUAGCAUCGAGGAGUUUAGUGACAUGAUAUGCAGACAACUGUGAUAAUAUUAAAUUUGUUUUAAGCCUAAUGUGUCACAAGCAAUCAGAGUUAAGAAAAUGCAAUGUAAAAAAAACACUCUGUAUAUAUGUCCUUUUUAAUUGCAAUGCAUUUUCCUCAAGGAUCAUUUUGAAGGACUGGCUUUGUUUUUUUCAUGUGGAAUGGAAAAAUAUUGUGACCUUGAAAAUGAAUAAAACUGUGCAUUAAUCGUG